CAGGAUGAAGGCAGGCACGUAGAUUUGCGUUAGCGUGUGAGCGGUUAAAAAGAAUUUGCAUGCGUGUUUGUCGCCAAAGAGAAAAAGUCUUGAGAAACACAUAUUCCCUCAUCUUCUCUCCCUCCAUUUUCUGCUCAUCUUUCUGUCUCUUUACAGGAGUAUAGCCUAAUAAGAGAUAGCAAAUGUGGGCAUCGAUGUCUAGGGCGUUUGCGUAAGCUACAGAUUGCUGCUGCCACCACCUCAGUUUUUAACAAUGUUGUGUUGCGGAGGAGCAGAGGAGGAGCCUAAUCCUCCGCCCAACCAAUACACUGCUCCGCCUAAGGCCGGCAUUCCCUACGCUGGCGCCGGUGGAGGCAAUGACAGAGGAGAGCCGAGGUCUGGUGCAAGAAAUGGGCCACCGCAGAAAGCCUUGCCUAUUGAGAUACCAGCAUUGUCAUUGGGUGAGCUUAAUAGACUCACUGCUGAUUUUGGGACUAAGGCCUUGAUCGGAGAGGGCUCCUACGGCCGCGUCUACUACGCCAAGCUCAGUGACGGCCGUGAAGCCGCCAUCAAGAAGCUCGACACCACAUCAGCCGAGCCUGACUCCGACUUCUCAGCCCAGUUAUCUAUGGUGUCAAGGCUCAAGAAUGAGUAUUUUGUGGGGCUGCUUGGAUACUGCCUUGAAGCAAAUACCAGAAUUCUGGCCUAUGAGUAUGCUACAAUGGGAUCUUUGCAUGAUGUGUUACAUGGUAGGAAAGGGGUGCAAGGAGCUGAGCCCGGGCCUGUUCUAACAUGGAAUCAGAGAGUGAAGGUUGCAUUUGGGGCUGCAAAAGGGCUUGAAUUCCUGCAUGAAAAGUGUCAGCCUUCGAUUGUUCAUCGCGAUGUUAGAUCGAGCAAUGUUCUUCUGUUUGAUGAUUUUGUUUCAAAGAUUGCUGAUUUCAGCCUCACGAACCAGUCCUCAGACACGGCGGCCAGGCUGCACUCGACAAGAGUCCUCGGAACAUUCGGCUACCACGCUCCAGAGUACGCGAUGACAGGGCAGAUAACUCAGAAGAGCGAUGUUUACAGCUUCGGGGUCGUGCUUCUAGAACUCCUCACUGGAAGGAAGCCAGUAGACCACACCAUGCCUAAAGGCCAGCAGAGUCUUGUCACUUGGGCAACUCCAAGAUUGAGUGAAGAUAAGGUGAAGCAAUGUGUUGAUCCCAAGCUAAAAGAUGAUUUUCCACCAAAGGCUAUUGCAAAGGUCUACAAACACACUAC